UGUUGUUAAAAUCUGAAAGUCAGAUCAUACUAAAGUCAUUGGUGAGGUUAUCUUUGUAGCAAAGUGAAGAGGAAAUUCAGGUUUUUGACUGAAGUGACCUUGUGUUAGAUGUGUGUGCAGGGCCAUCUGCUGGUACCUCUUGUUUUUCAUCCUGUGUGCCUUGCUUUUAGGUUUAAAUGUUUUGUUUUUUUAGUGAUUGAGUGUAAGAAUGUGAUGUUUUCUUACAUUAGGGCUAGUAGAUUAUCUUCAAAUCAAAGUCCUGAGCAGUCUGUUACGUUUUCUAUGUUUUUGGUGAUCAUGUCAUCAUAGUUAGUGGCUAUUUAGUAACUUAAAUGUCAGAUUUAGCAAUUCAUGGUUGAUUAUGAAUGGCAGAGGUAAUUAUUUUCGUUAUGAAACAUUUAAAUUGAUUUUAAAUAGUUUCACUUUAAUUCAUUGGGAUGUUUUGGAAAUUAAUGACUUAUUCAGGAUUACUUCUCAUGUAUUUUCAGCCAAAAUUCCCCAUUGUUUAAAACCAUGGCAUUAGGUCUUUAUAUUCAGUGAGCUCAAACAAGUCUGGCUUAUUUUAUGAAAGGUUGAGAAGAGUCGAGAUGAAUUUCUUCACUGUUAGUUUAAUUGUAUAUUUUUCUGUUGGGGCUGGAAAAUCGUGCACAGAAACUACUGAGAAUCAGCACUAUACAUGCACAGGAAGAAACCUCAGCUACAUACCAUCCAGUAUUCCUUCCUCCAUUCAGACUCUGGAUUUCAGUUUUAAUGUUUUGAAACGCUUACGGAAGACCGUUUUCCCAGUUUUGUCUUUUCUACGAGUUCUCGAUCUGUCAAGAUGCCAAAUCAAGCACAUUGAAAAUGAUGCUUUCCACAAUGUGAGGAAUUUGACUACUUUAAUCCUCACUGGAAACCCAAUUACAUAUUUUGGACCUGGAGGCUUGAAUUCUUUACAUAAUCUACAAAGACUAGUUCUUGUGGAUGUUGGUAUCUCAUCUUUACAGCUUCAAAUAAAUAAUCUAACCAAGCUGCAGGAGCUUAGAGUCGGGACAAAUAACAUCCAGUCCAUGUCUCUCCCUCCAUUCAUGAGCUCCUUCAAAGACUUCAGUUUACUUGAUCUACAUGCCAAUAAUAUAUCUGUCAUCAAAACUGAUCACACAGUUUUGUUGCGAGAGAUUGGCAGAAACAUGACUUUGAUUCUCUCUAGGAAUCCGUUAUCAUACAUUGAACCAGGAGCAUUUAAAAACAUUCAUCUCUGUGAACUGGACAUCCGAUCUGUCUUUCCUUCAUUUGCUGCUCAGGAAAUUGGUCUUAAAGCUCUGUAUGGUCUUAAUGUCAAAAGGCUGAAAUUUGGAAAGUACAACGGCGGUUUCAGAUUUCACUUUUCAGAUACUGAUUAUUUAUAUGGUCUGUGCUCUAUUUAUUUCCAGGAGGUAUAUUACUACAUUAUGGAAAGACCUAAUCAGCCAAUUUCUUUCUUACACUGUAUGAUUAAUGCCACAACUGUAGCAGUAAUCGGAGGUGUAAUUAAUAAAAUGGAGUAUGUACCUUUUCGUGAAAUCAAAGAGCUUCACUUGAUUUCCGUUAAGUUAAGUACUUUGCCAGGUAAACAGCUUUCACAUCUCCGUGCUUUAGAAAAAGUAGUAAUUACACACAACAGUGCACCUAUUUGGGCUGAUGCGUUUAUAGAUAUGCCUAACCUUCAGUAUUUGGAUUUAAGCUCUAACCAGAUUACCUUAUAUAAAUGCUGUACCACACUUUUCAGUGGCACCCCUCAAAUCAGAUAUUUGAAUUUGAGUCAAAAUAUAGAUAUUGGUUUUGAUUUGGGAGGAUUUGAUGCACUUGCUUCCCUUGAAAUUUUAGAUUUGCACCGUACAAAUGUUGAACGUGUUGGAUACCUUCCAGUUUUGUCCAGCUUAAAGUAUUUGAGGUAUCUGGAUGUUUCUUAUUCAAGUAUCACUUUUAUUAAUAUAUUCAGCUUCUAUAGACUGAAGAAUCUUAAUGUUCUCAAGAUUGCUGGCAAUAAAUUUCAGGGUGAUGUAGCAAGAUAUUUAUUUAAUAAUCUCACUUUACUAGAGCACCUUGACAUGUCAUACUGUCAUAUGGUAGAGUUACACCCAAGCUCAUUCAAAAAUCUUCAGAGGCUUAGACUUUUGAAUCUCAGAGGUAACCAUUUAAUGACUGUAGAUUUUCUGGCCUACCCAAGCCUGAAGCAAUUAACAUCAGUUUAUGUCAAUAAAAACAGCAUUACAACCAUCCCACUUCAUGUUCUCCAAAAGCUGCCCGCAAACCUUUCAGAGUUUGAUUUGUCCUCUAACCCCAUCUAUUGCUCCUGCUCCCAGACAGACUUUACUUUGUGGAUUAUCCAAAAUCAGAACAUUUUGAAGCAACCGGAAAAUAUUUUCUGUAAAACCUUUUCACAAAGCUUAGAUUUUAGAGCAACAGACUUUGACAUUGACAGCUGUGUGCACAUGAAAAGACUCGCAAUUGUUUUAUCUGUAUUUUUCAUUACAGUCGUAGUUCUUUUAUCAUUCUUGGUUUAUAGGUUCCAGUUUUAUCUUCAGUAUUGCUGUAUUUUACUGAGAGGCUACAGAUCACCUGGUCAACAAGAAUGUUCCUAUGACGCAUUUGUGAUUUUCUCCAGCUAUGAUGAAGUCUGGGUCAUGAAUGAGCUGAUGGAGAAUCUGGAGAACGGUGUUCCACCUAUUCAGCUUUGCCUUCAUAUGAGGGACUUUCAAGCAGGGAAGUCCAUCGCCUCCAACAUUAUCGAUGAAGGAAUAAUGGGCAGUCGUAAAAUCAUUGUGGUCGUGUCUCAACACUUCAUUGACAGUGCCUGGUGUCGCUUUGAGUUUGAAUUAGCUCAGUCUCGCUUUAUGAUGGAGCGCAAUGCCAACAUCAUCAUAAUCAUUCUGGAAGAUGUCGAAGAGAGAAAGACUAAGAAAGUGCUUGGGCUUCAUAAACAUCUAAAGAAGAACACGUACCUGAAGUGGAGCAGAGACCCUUUGAGUAACAUGAGAUUCUGGAUACGCCUUAGGAAAGCCAUUAUUGCCACAAACCAAUAAUAUUUCUUUGGAGAACAGAUAGUUCUUGUGUAUCCCUUUUCAGUACUUAUUAUGGUGUAUUCAACCAUUUUUGGCAAUUAAAAACUUCUCGUUUGAAAACAAUCAGAUUUGU